AUGUUGAGGCCGAAAUAUUUGCAGCGCUUGGAACCUGAGGGUCUUCGACGUCGCCUGCAGGCUUUGCAGGAUGGUCCAGAGCCAGUUCAGCUUGACGAUGAAGGAUUGUCUUUGACAAAGGAGGCGCUCCGGGCCUUCGCACACGGUGCCCUGGCCACCUGGGCUCAGGAGCUGCAGACGUUGGACCCGGAUGGCUCUCGAGGAUCGCCCUCCAGGUGCCUUGCACAGAUGGAAGACAAGCUCCAGAAGAUGCAAGAGAUUGUCUCAGCAAGUGCAGGUGAUGUCUGGGGGAGGAUCUAUUGCUGGCAGUCGCCGCAGGGCCCAGAGCGUCUGCGUGUGGCGGCGCUGCUGCUGGCCAAUUUCGAACAAGCCGUGCGUGACGGCAGGACCCUGGCAUGGCAAGAGCUUUCGAAGCUUCACCGAUCAGCGCGAUGGAAAGCCAUGCAAAGUCAUGCAGUCGAGGCAUCACCUGAACAUGCGCACAAAGCAUGCGCAGAAUCGAAAGAAAAUGAGUAA